AGAGACUAACUGUCAACGUCACUCCCAUUACAAUGUAUGGUUUCCAGUUGCUAACACUAGCAGUGUACGCUGCGUUUUCUAAUGUGGACAUCGCGUUGGCUUUUGCUGAGGGCUGCUACGGCUGCUCCAGUUCUCGUGAUGCUUGUUCCAGUUACGUUCUGCCGGCCUGCAGCGCCGACUCCGCGUUAACGUCCUGCAGCUGCGCCACAGCGUCCAGCUACAAUGUCAGUCAGAUCGCCGACAACAUUACGGAUUUGUCCAUUGGAGAUAUGGCGGAUAAGAAGCAAUGCGAUCGCAGCUGUUUACUUAGCACUUUCCUGCCGCUUCCGUCCCGGCCGCGUUUGCACACCGUUCGGCUGUUCAGCAUCUGGGUGGCCCCAGAUGAUCAACCGUUCCCCGUUAACCGCUUUUUGAGUAACGUCAAAGGCAGAUUAACCAUGCUGGACCUGUAUGAUAUUUAUUUGCCGGUACUGACACGCGACACCUUAGCCGGUUUCGAACGGCUGCAGAUUCUUAACUUACAGCGCAACCGCAUGGCGAACAUCGCCGUUGACGCUUUUGGCGCAUUAAAUCCGCUGCCGGGACGCAUGCCGCAGCUAAGUCGCGUCUGGAUCGCCGAAAACAGCAUUUCGCACGUGGAUUGGUCAAUAUGGAAGCCAGUGGCUGUCAGCUUAACGCAUAUUUCUCUGGAGAACGACGGAAUCCGCGAAAUUUUUUUUAGCCGCUACUUUGCCCUGUCCCGUCUGGAGACAUUGUAUCUUGAUGACAACCAGCUGACGAGUAUCAGCGAUGACCUUCUGGCAAGUAUAUCUGCACCGGACGGGCGACCAUACCUGCGACUGGGAUACAAUCCGUUGUGUUUGCACGAUGGGGAGUGCGACUGCGCUAGCAUGAGCAGUGUGUGGGCGUGGUAUCAGCAGCCAACGCGUCUAGCCUACCCGGAGCCAGGCAUGAACUAUCUCUAUGUACUGCCCGACGCGCUGACCUGUGGAAAUUAUACUACCGACCCUUGGGAGCGUGAAAGAGGAAACGUUAAGUUCGUGCCUAUUGCCAACGUCACACGCAGUUACCGUUCCUAUCAACUGCUGGAUCUGGCACAACGACGCAGUGGCCUGCGUCUGACGGACAGUUGGCUGUCACCGUUGGAGACGGCCUAUUUGUCACAACUAGGCCAUCGUCCUUGAAUCCAGGUGUAGUGUGGUUCAGUGCCAGCGAUCCACACUAAAGAUAAUACGAAAGUAUCAUAUUCGCAUACAGCUCUGCCACGUUACGCCUCGGAUAAUGAUCCAGUGCACCACACGUAUUACGCGAGUAGUGCAUGAUUACCUAAAGGGAUUGAAACCCGGAUGAACCCGAAUCUUUAAAUAAGUUGAAGUUGCCCAUUCCAUUUCUAAAUUAGAUUUAGUUUUCUUUCUUCUUUC